AUGACAGAGCUGCAGAAGGAGAGGGCAGAAUGGGAGAACUUAAACAAGCUGUUAAUGCGUCAUGGGUUGAAACCAGUGAGUCUUGUUGCCCCCCAAAGCUGCAGAAAUACAUCAGAUACAAUUGUCUUGGACAGUCAGUCUUCUCUAGGAAUAAGGCUUGCACUAAAAACACUGGUGGAAGACACCGACCGACAGCAGAAAAUUAUGCAGGAGCUUAUGGAGGCGAAUCGUUCGCUUAGAGAUGAGAUACGACAGGAACGAGGUCGGGCAUCUCGACAAGAACAACGGGCUAAUGAUUUGGAAAAUGUGGUGAAAAACAUUAAGUCCAAAAUUUGUCAGCUGGAAGAUGAGACAAUAGCUAAAGUUUGCCAGCAACAGAAUCAAGUCAAAGAACUUCAGAAAGAUCAACAGGUUUCACAGUUAAUUCAGAUAGCAAAGUAUCAACAGCAGCAGGAGAAGCUACAGGAACAGGAGGAGAUGAUUGCCCAUUUGCAGAAGGAGCUGUGCAAAGUUGGGAUGGAGGAGCAGCAGCAUGUUGCCACUCAAACCAAACUGAUUUGUCGAUUUUGCAAAAGAGCUCCCAAGUCUCUUCUAGACCAGCAGUUCCUUUGUCUAAUUGAUUAUUAUGAAUCUCAAAUUAGUCAAAUGAAAAAGGAGCUAAGGCAGUACAAAAAAGAUGAAGACCAGGUACAGAGAGAAGCAAAAAGCAAGGAAGAGUUCUUAAAUCUAGAUGCUACUCCGAACUAUAGAGCACUGCUCACGUCUUUCCAGAAACAACUAAUUGAAACCAAAGCCAGGAAUGAACAGCUUUUGCUUGAGAAUAUAAAUCUUAAGAAAGAUUUGGAAAUAAGACCAACUUCACAGCAAUUAAAACUGUACAAGCAUCAAGUGAAGAAACUGAAGAAAACUUUAAAGAAAACUAUCCAAUCUUCGGAGAGUAGUACUGGAGAAAGAACAGAAGAAAAGCAAGAACCCAAGAGUAACUCAGGAGCAGAUCAGCUGCAGGCAGUCUGCCAGCAGUACCUACAGGUUUUGUCCCAUAUUGACGCUGUUUUGCGAAGUCCAAGAGCUCCUCCGUUAAUAUACAGGCGCAGUAAAGGGCAAGGACAAAAUAAUGCUAAAGAGAAUGGACAGCAGUGUGGAUUUGAGCACCUUCCACUUACUGUAGAAAUGUGGGCAGAUCAGCUGAUGGCCCUAAAGGAUUUGCAUAGAUCCUUGAGAAAACUGUCUCUGGAAUUGGUGCCUUGGCACAGUGCAGAUCCACAGGAUAACAGGGAGUCCAUACGAGUUGAAGACCUGCAGUUCAUAGUAGAUGCAAUUUUGGAAGAAAUAGAAAAUAAGGAAAAGAACAGCCAGGCACCAUCCCAACCAACCCUGUCUGCAAUAGUCUCUCACUUCCAGAAGCUGUUUGAUGUGAGUUCACUGCACGGCGUUUAUCCACGCAUGAAUGAGGUUUACACAAAGCUUGGGGAGAUGACCAAUGCUAUGAGAAAUCUCCACGAGCUCCUGGAACUAGACAGUUCAGCUCCGCCCACUGUGGUAGUGGAUACUGUUGGGAAACUGUGUGACAUAAUUAACGAGAACAUCACCAAUCAGGUACAGCAGCUUCUGGGGACCCAAGACAUCCACAGUAUCAUCAGUAAGCUAGAAGAACACGAGUGCUUCUUUCCACCAUUUCAAGCUCUCAUUCAAGAUCUGCUCCGUCUUCUAGGGAUCAGUAACCUGGAUGAUAUUUUGCCUACUGUGCGAAAUUUGAAAUUGGUAGCCAGCUAAGAGUUAGCCUGGUCUCCUCUAGGAAGACCUAUCUUACCUGUGAACAUACCUGUGGAUGCACAUGAUAUUACAGCUACCUCUAGCCUCUGUUAUCUUAAGA